UUCGCAAGCGUGCGCCCUGCCUAUCGAGCGCGCUUGCUGCAAGCGGGCGGAUCUUUCAUAUUAAAACGGGCUGUCUUUUCUUUGCUUUUUUUUAAGCGGGUGGGAGAUAGCAAAAAAGCAAAAAAAAAAAAAAGAUUCUUCCAUGAUUUUUUUCCCCCCCUCUCCUUUUAAACUGGCGAUGCUUGCGAUGCUUUGCCAGGCGUACAACCUAUAAUGAAUGAACGGGAUUCUUCGAUCGCGCAGCGACACCUGUAAGGGGAGAGCGUACGAAAAGCGUAGGCGGAGGUGUGGUGCAGGCGGGAUCUGAGAUCUUUGCUGCAGCUAAAGACAAGACUGGUACCAGACGGGCACCCAACAUAAAACAUUUUUUUAAAAAAAAUCCAGCCUGCAUGACCGUCACGAAGAUGUCAUGGAAUCCUCAGUACCGGAGUUCUAAAUUCCGCCACGUAUAUGGCAAGGCGGCCAGUAAGGAGAACUGCUAUGACAACGUGCCCAUCACCCACAGUGUCUAUGACAACCAGUUUUGUGCUGUCAAUCCUCGUUUUAUUGCCGUGGUGACCGAAUGUGCAGGUGGCGGCGCCUUUCUUGUUAUACCAAUCAGUCAAACAGGAAAACUUGACCCUCAUUAUCCUCGCAUCUGUGGGCACAAAGGAAAUGUAUUAGACAUCAAAUGGAACCCCUUCGAUGACUUUGUAAUAGCAUCAUGUUCGGAAGAUACCACAGUAAGUCAGAGUUACGAACCUUUGCCUAACUCAGGCAGAAUACCACUUAAUUUCUUCACGAACACAAUCAGGAGCACAAUCUCUCAGGAGAAAUAUUUGAGGUAUUCGAUUUCCUAUCAUUUAACGUGCUAUGUCUUCUUACAGGAAGCAAGCAGCAAAUCUCACCGAGUGAAUAAAGUUGUGUUUUUAGGAAACCUGAAAAGGCUGCUCACCACAGGGACAUCCAGGUGGAAUAAUAGGCAGAUUGCCUUGUGGGAUCAGGAUGAUCUUUCUGUGCCUUUACAUGAGGAAGAUGUGGAUGGGUCAUCAGGCCUCCUGUUCCCUUUCUAUGAUACAGACACCCAUAUGUUGUAUGUGUUAAGCAAGGGAGAUGGGAACAUCAAGUACUAUGAGAUAAAUGUGGAGAAACCAUACCUACAUUACCUGAUGGAAUAUCGUUCCCUUUUCCCUCAGAAAGGAGUUGGUGUGAUGCCCAAGAGGGGCCUCGAUGUCUGUGCCUGCGAGAUCUUCCGGUUUUAUAAACUGAUUCCGGCCAAAAACCUGAUUGAACCCAUUUCUAUGAUUGUACCCCGACGGUCUGAAUCGUACCAAGAGGACAUCUAUCCAAUGACAGCUGGAGUCCAGCCGUCAUUGACAGCACAAGAGUGGCUGAAUGGCACUAAUAAAGGUCCUGUCUUGAUGUCUUUGAGACCAGGUUCUGUGAUCUUGAAUUCUUUACCACCAUUUCUUGAGAAGGAGAUUGCCAUGGAAGCAACCAAGCCUGUCCCAUGCCGGGACAGAGUGACUGUUAUCACCGAAAAGUUGAAUGAAAUCCAAGAGAAAUGGGGGACCAGGAAGACCGAGGAAAGACAACAGCAAAACAGACUAAUGAAGUUAUCUAAUGGCGUUGAUACCUACGAAUGUCCUCCACCUAAAACAGAAAAUGAGCUGCUGCAGAUGUUUUAUCGACAACAAGAAGAAAUUCGGCGGCUCCGUGAAGUGCUGAUUCAGCGGGAUAUUCAGAUCAAACAGUUACAGCUUGAGAUCAAAAACCGUCAUGUGGAUUCUCGCCGAUUUUGACAGGCUACCAUUUGGAGUCUCAGAACUGAUGUUGCCAGGAAUCACUAUAUUUUGGAGAUUAUAAAUUAGAAGAAUUUCAGAUUUAUUGGCAAGCUAUUGCCUACCUUGAGUGCCCAUAUCCUGCAAGCUGGAAGUUACUGGAAGUUACUGGAUGAGUUUUGUGGUGCUCUAUUUAUCGGACUCGUUCUUUGCAGGAAAGUCCAUGUUUCAAAGUAGUCCCAUAAUAACUCAGUUGGAGAUGCUUCAAAGAGGAAGCCAGACCUGCCUGGGUAUGAACAUCUUUUCAGUCCCCGGUAGGCAACUGAACUUGGAAAUACAGUUGCUUGGACUUUCAGCCUGUUUAGCAUUCAACUGUUUCACAUGGUGAUGAACCAAAUAGUUCAACCAAAUUGUUCAGGAUUCUUUUUGUUCUGCAUUCUUGGAUGGAUCAGAAUGAUGUUGCACUGAAUUAGUUUUGUUUCCUAUAGCCAAGGAGAGUUUAUGUGGGAAUCGAAACCAUCACCUUCUUAGUCUUAUGAGUCAUCUUCUUCUAAAAUUAUAUUUAUGCCUAAGAGGGUAAGGACCAAAGAAAUGGGUGUCAUUAAUUUAAACAGGAAGUCAGAAAUAGAUGCUGCUGAGAGCCAAGCUUUGGAAAUGAAUGCUCUUUAUUGAGAUGGAGAAAAUGAGACCACUGCUGCUGAAGUGGUCUUAUCAGAGCCAGAGUGGAAGGCUUCUGUAGCCCAAGUCAAUGUGUCUUCCAUCUCAACCCAUAAUCUCUGAGGAUCACUUCAUGCCUUAAAUUAACUAGGGGUUUUAAUUACUAAUGCUCUUAAAAUGGCUUUCUUCCAAUUGUCUGAAGCUGAAUUUUCUACACACCGGUUCUUUCCUCCUUUAUUACUCUGAAUGUUGUACCAGAUCUUAUAAGUAUAUUGCAGUUCAGUGUGCAGAAGUGUGAAGAAACUUUUACCUAAUUCUGAUAAUCCUCUUAUCAUCCUGUUUAUCAGAAACAAAAUUUUGAAACCUCUCAAAUCGCAAUACUUUUUUUCACUUUUCGUUUUCUGUUUUGAUGCCUGUGACUAAUAUUUCACCUGAUGUUUCUCAUAUUUGUUUUCUUGCUGAUUUCUAUGAUAGACUAUGCAAAAGCACUGCCACCAACAAUUGUUUGAGAGCAGGAUCAACUACUCCAAAGAUUAUGAAGCCCAAGAUGGAGGGUCAGAGAUGCACCAGUCAUAAUAAAAUUGUAAAAUACAACUUCUUUUAUAGUUUGAGACAUUUGUGCAAGGUUUAAGAAAAUUCCAAAAAAUAGAAAGUUAGAAUUAAUAAUACAGAAGACUGAAGAAUAUUGUUUAAACAUUUAAUACAGAAAUACCACUGUUCACCCACCCUCUGUACUGCUUCUGUGUUUUAUGACUUAGCCUAUAACUGUGAUGGCGAACCUAUGGCACGUGUGCCACAGGUGGCACGCAGAGCCAUUUGUAUGGGCACGCAAGCCCCAGGCAAACUUAUCUCACUGCGCAUGUACACGCCUCACGGC